AUGAGACCAGCCAACCUCACCAUUACAGCUUACUCACAGAGCCCUGGGCUUCCACACCCAGACCCAGCCCAACCAACCCUCACCAUUACAGCUUCCAUCACAGAGCCCCGGCUCCAGCGCCGAGAACCAGCCCACUCACCAUUACAGCUUACAUCAAGAGCCCUGGCUUCCACACCCGAGAAUCCAGCCCCCCCCAGACCCUCACCAUUACAGCUUACUCACAGAGCCCUUGCUCCACAGCCUGAGAACCAGCCCAGCCCUCACCAUUACAGCUUACAUCACAGAGCCCUGGGCUCCACACCUGAGAACCAGCCCAACCCUCACCAUUACAGCUUACAUCACAGAGCCCUGGGCUCCACACCUGAGAACCAGCCCAACCCUUACCAUUACAUCUACUCACAGAGCGCCUGGCUCACCACACCUGAGAACCAGCCCAACCCUUACCAUUACAGCUUACAUCACAGAGCCCUGGGCUCCACACCUGAGAACCAGCCCAACCCUUACCCUUACAGCUUACGAUCACGAGAGCCUGGUCACCACACCCGAGAACCAGCCCAACCCUUACCAUUACAGCUUACAUCACAGAGCCCUGGGCUCCACAGCCCGAGAACCAGCCCAACCCAACCCUCACCAUUACAGCUUACAUCACAGAGCCCUGGGCUCCACAGCCCGAGAACCAGCCCAACCCAACCCUCACCAUUACAUCAUAGAGCCCGGCCUCCACAGCCCGAGAACCAGCCCAACCCAACCCUCACCAUUACAGCUUACAUCACAGAGCCCUGGGCUCCACACCUGAGAACCAGCCCAACCCUCACCAUUACAGCUUACAUCACAGAGCCCUGGGCGUCCACACCCGAGAACCAGCCCAACCCAACCCUCACCAUUACAGCUUACAUCACAGAGCCCUGGGCGUCCACACCCGAGAACCAGCCCAACCCAACCCUCACCAUUACAGCUUACAUCACAGAGCCCUGGGGCUCACCGAGAACCAGCCACACCCUCACCUUAACAGCUUACAUCACAGAGCCCUGGUGCUCCACAGCCUGA